CUUUCUAUAGCUGUCUGCUUUGCUUACGAAGUGAAAGCUGAGAAGCCAAGUUUUGCAUUGAUAUGUAAAAGUGGGCUGUGGUUCUGGAAAAAUCAUUAUUGAACAAAAUUGAAACAUGACGAUUAAAGUAUACAUUUCAGGAAUUUGUGGAAGUCAAGAGAUCAGGAAACAACAACAAAGAGUUAUCUUCAUCUUGCAAGGUUUGCAAGUUGAUCUACAAAUUAUUGAUGUUACUGAUCCUGGUCGAGAUGAAGAUUUAGUUUUCAUGCAAGAAGAAGCUAAAAAGCAUGGCAAAAAGACUCAACUACCUCCCCAAAUUUUCAAUGAAAAUGAAUAUUGUGGGGACUAUGCAGACUUUGAAAUGGCAAAUGAUGAUGAUGAAAUUAUGAAAUUCUUAAAGCUAGAAACUGGUCCUUCAAAAGCUGAAACCUUAAAAAGUGCAGAACCGUCAGGUGAUGUAAUUACGCUGAAUGGUGUGGACAAUCAUGAAGCUAAUGAGGAAACUCCUACAACAUUAGAAGAACCUGUUUCUAAUGGUAUAAAUCAUGCAGAUAAUGAAAUUAAAGAACAGGAAACUGAAUUAGUUAAUAAUGAAGUAGAUGUAGAGGAAAGCACAGUUAAUGACAGUCCUGUUGCUGAAGAACCAGAAGUAACUGUAGAAGAAACGAAAGAAACUGAGGCAGUAAAUGAAGCUAAAAAUGAAGAUGAAGCUAAGGAAUCAUCUGAAGAAGAAAGUGAGGAAGAAUCUGAAUAAAAAUGUUGAGAUGAAAGACUGAAUGAUCCUAUUGAAAUUUCAGGGGCAUAUCAUUAAGUGACGAGACAUUUAAAUUCUGACAGUGUGAUUUGUCGGAAACAAAAAUAAUUUGAAGCAUAAAGGGGGAUGGUUAUGGCUUCAAAGAUUAUUUUUGUCAGAAUUUUCUUUUCCCAUUAAAUGUUGGAAAACUUUUCAGUUAUCUUCUACUUUUUUAAAAAACUUCUUCAUCAUUUUUUUUUUCUUUGGAAUUUUUCUCUUUUCUGUAAUGUUUCUUUCUGCCAUUUUCACUGCUAGUUUUCUUUUUAGUUUCUGUAGUAUUCUUUCUGUUUGUGUCUUGUACAUUAUCAAAAUUUUUUUUUUUUUUUUUUUUUUUUUGAUUAUCUCUGUGAAUAUGUACUCGAAAACAGAAGUUAUUCUGUGUGCAUGAAAAUGCAACUGUAAAACUAUUUUUUUGUAAAUUCCACUUGUAUUUGUUAAAACAGUUAAUUGAAAAUUGUUUAUUGUUUAAUCUAUGAAUCAAAAAAUAAUUCCUGUUUUACAGAUAAUACUUUGUUAUUAUUGAAUAAAGUAUAUUAUUCCUUUU